ACGAAAACGUUCAGCGUGCGUAGAAAGAAGCCAUGUUGAAAAUUUGAGCGCCACACAAAUCACAAAGAAAAAUCAAAAUUAUUGAAAACAUGUUGCCAGUCGGUAAGUCAAUAUGUACAUUGGACGAGGAUGAUAUGUGUGACCUUGAUGACUUUGAAUCUUCGUCUUCGAACAUAGACUUGUUCGAAGGUGAAGAAACUAGCUCGUUUGAUUUAUUUGACGGUCUGUUGGAAAGAGAAACGGACACAAAAGAAAUCAAACCAAAAAACUCUAACGAUAAGAAGCGCUCAGUCGUACGUGUUUAUCCUAAUGGCGACACCCAAGAAAAACAGCUAAAUUUUGCAAGUAUUAGAACAUUAGAAGAAAAAGAAUUAAUUGAUUACUUGGGUAAUGGAAAUCGAGGACGUCUGAUUUCCCGGUCCAGUAACGUUACUUGCAAGAAUUCGCGACGUUCGAACACGACAAACGGGAAACGCUCAAGUUCGAAUGACAGUGUGAAAUCAAGCUCACCAGUGGGUUUAGAAUCUCGUGACGGCGCAUGCAUGACCAAGAGUGCUGUUGCAGCUCGCGAAAACCGCAAAAAGAAAAAGAAAUACACAGAAGAACUAGAAACAACAGUUGAUAUACUGAAGACAGAAAAUACAGGUCUCAAAACUAGAAACAAUAUGUUACAAACGUCAUUGGAUCAGCUGAAAACAGAAGUUCAAUAUUUGAAAAGCGUGAUAGCUAACCAAACAACGUUGGCACACUUGAUUGGCAAUAUACAAAAUACACCAGGUGUUAAAUUCCAGACUUCAUUAACAGUUGAUAGAUAUGACAAAGAAAAUAUUAAGGACAUAAAUGAAAACACAGUUGAUAAGUCUGUAAGUGUACCAGUAGCAACAAAAAAACGCAAGGUUGAAGAUGCACAUGUCCCUACAAUGCAAAUGAAUACAAGGUAUGGGAAACUCAAAAGGGGUACCAGUACUACUUCAAAAGAAAUAAAACCAGAAAAGAUGGAUGACCAAUGUGAUUCAUCACCUUCAUCAACAUUAGAACAAAAUUCCAAUGAAAUGCCGGGCCAUGGACCAGCUGGUAUAUGUCUCCAUGUUUCUAAUGGAUCUGUGUCUUUGGAAUUCUGUGCAAAUUGUGCUUCCAGUGCUGCUCAUGCCAAGGCUAUCACCUGUGACCAUUCCUAUGGAAAGGUUCAGGGAGAAGGGUGAAAUAAUAUUGUGAAAAUGGUCGGUAAUUUCAUUGAUAAUCAGUGAAAAUUAAGAAAAGUACUUAAGCUUUUAAGUUUCAUGUAAAAUGAAAAGUCUUUAAUAUGAAGGUUAUGUAGCCUAAUGAAUGACAUGAUUAUUUGAUAGGAAAGAAUAGAAUAUUCAUGAAAAGAAUGAAGAACAUGAUACCAAUCAGAUGUGUAGAUAGAUCCAGCAGAACUUUCGUUCAAAGGAGAUCACUAAAUUAUUUUUAAAAUGAAUUUUGAAGAUUCAAUUGUAUACAAUAUGUUCAGUUUAAAUGUGAUACCAUUGCUUUUUUAAACAGUUGAACUUUUUUUCAAUUGGGGUGACUACAUUUUUGAUAGAUAUUUGAAAUAAUUUUAUAACAAUCUAUACAAAUAUGUUUACAUUUCCAGCCACACCCGUGCUUGAUUUGAGAAAAAUGAAAAAGUCUGCACAUCAUUAGGAACAGUUCAGAACUAAGCAGUUCGCUUUGGUGGAGUAUACAGUGCAAAUAAAAUGGUCUGUGUCACUUUGUGAGAUUGAAAAUUGUAUGAAAUCAAAGCAUGUAUCACUUACAACAGAACUGCAGAAAACUGAUUGUAUAUACACACAUUUAAAUUUCAACUACAAUAACAAAAUGGAUACAAUUGAAAAUGUAGACUUUUCUAUUGAAGUGAUACAAGUUUUUGAUGGAAAAAAUAAAUAAAUAAUGAGGUCAAGAUAAGAUGUUUGUGUUUAAAAUUCCUUCAAGUGUUUAAAAUUCCUUCAAAAAAGGAAAUUUGAGCCGAACAUCAGAUAGCUGACCAAUAUUUAUCUCCCUAACUACAUGUAUCUCCUAACUUCCAUUCUUUUUCUCCUUACUUUCUUUCUUUCUUUUAUCAAUUUAUCAUCAUCUGAAAUGAGUUUCAAAAAUAAUUGAAAUUUCACAACAAUAUGCAGUAUUUCAUUCAUUGAAAAUGUUAACAUUUUAUACAAGAAUGGGUUAUGAAAUAUGAAUAUACCCAUGGUAUUUAAUAAAAAAAAUCAGGUUUAAGUAAAACUUACCUGAGAAGAAAAUUCUUUUCGCACUUGAAGCAAGACAAAUUAAAAAGUACAUUUCAGGUGAUGAGCUGCAAAAAUGUAAUUUUACAAUUAUACUAAAAUGUUACUUCAAUUUCUUUUUCAGUUGAUGUCACACUAUUCUCUGGUCAGAGAAGCGAUUCCCAAUAACAACCUUACUGUAAAAAGUGAUACUGAAUGAAAAUGCAGUGGAGAGGCAGACAAAGCUGAACUUGUAAUGAAAGGCUGGGGUAGUAAGUAUGUUGACAGACCUCGUCAAGAUGAAAACAGUGAAAUAGGUUCAUAGAAAUUUAUCAAAGUUACCAGUGGUAGGUAAAUACAAAAGAAGGAACAGUCUGAUUUUAUUGCAGUCGUAAAAGAUUGUGUUUUGUGGAUUUCUAAAGUCCUCUUUGAAGUGAUUUGCUAACUGGCAGGAAAUAUUAGUAAUUACUGACAGAUGAUUCUAGUAAAGUAGGACUGUCACAGAUGACUUCUGCUAAUGUUCUAAGUGUAUUGAUUUAUGCACAAAGACACUGCUAUUAUUUUUUAAUGCUUCAUCUACCAUGUGAUAAGUUAGGUCUAGGACAUGAUGGUAGAUUUAAGUAUAUUUAUUUGAUGGUGUAUUUGUUAUUGAUAUUUUUGGGUAUUAA